AUGGCAGAGCCAGGAGCAAAUGACUGCAGCCUGGUAGAUCAAGAGCUUCGUGACAUGGAUGAGGACCGCUUGUGGGAGAUGGUGGAGGGCCAUCGCUACAGGAUUGUGCACGGUGUCUGCCCAAGCCGGCUUACCCCCUACUUACGGCAGGCCAAGGUGCUUGGUCAGCUGGAUGAGGAAGAGGUGUUGCACGGUCCUCAGUUCACAAACAGUGCCAUGAGAGUGGGUCACAUGCUGGAUCUCUUGAAAUCCCGUGGCAAGAAUGGAGCACUUGCUUUUCUGGAAAGCCUGAAACUCCACAGCCCAGACAUCUACGUGCUCAUCACUGGCUUAGAGCCUUCCAUAGACCACAACCAUUUCAGUGACCUGAUUGAGAGCUCCCAGCUGACAGAGUGCCUGGCCAAGGCGGUGAGCAGCCUGCAGGAGGAGCUGAGCCAGGAGAAGCGGCAGAAGCUGUCCCUCCUCCAGCACUGCCGCAAGUUGAAGGAGAACACUGCCUGCCUGGAAGCCCAGGCCGAAAGCCUGCAGGGCAUCGAGGCCGAGUGUAACCGCAUGAAGAGGGAGCUCAGUGCCCACUUCCAUGAGGCGCUUAAGCUUAAGGACGAACUUUAUGGCCUGUCCCUACGCUACAGCAGCGCCCUGCAGGAGAAGGACCUGGCGAUCACCCGCUGCCACAGUCUGCAGGAAGAGCUUUACUUGAUGAAGCAGGACUUACAACGAGCCCAGAUGGCAUCCUACUGUGAAAGGGAGAGGUCCUCAAGGACUGCUGGGGACCUGCAGCCACAAGUGGAUGAACUUCGGAUGCUGAGAGAAGAGAAUGAGCGUCUCAAGUCACUGGUGGAGCUGGAAACCUUCAGUGUGGUCCAGAAGGACAUUCUAGAGCAGAACCUUGAUGAUGCUCUGGAAGGCAAACAAGAGCUUCUAAACCGUAUCCACUCACUGAGGGAGCAGGCAGUGCGUGCAGAGAAUCAGCGCAAACAGUGCUGGGAAGAAAAGGAACAUACCCUGAUUGAGUGCCGAAAGAUGAAGAUGGAUUGUGAGAUCUACAAGGAGAAAAUCAGUGCCCUCCAGGCACAAAUAGCUGACCUGCAGAAAGAAAGGGAUCAGGCCUAUAGUGCCAGAGACACUGCUCAGCUGGAAAUUUCCCAGAGCCUUCUGGAGAAAGAUUCACUCCGGCGCAAAGUCUUUGAACUCACUGAUGAGAUCUGCGAACUCAGGAAGCAGGUGGGCCAGAGCGGCUCAACCUUAAUGGUGAGCUCUGAGCCCAGACAGCAUUGUCCUAGGAGGAAGCAGCGUCUGGUGCGCAUGCAUGCCAUCUGCCCCCGGGAUGACAGCCAGGACAGCUUUUUGAGCAUGUCUGAGUCUUGGUCUGAUUUAAGCCACAGGUCAAGUCAAGAGCAAGCUGAGAGCUUCCGGUCAUGCAGCCCACUCCCGCCUUGUAAACAUUCUCUGCAGAGAAGAGCCAGGCAAGAGACCUCUUUCUCCAGGAGCAGUUCCCAGGAGUUUCUGGAGGAGGAUUUUGCUUUUACUUCUGAAGAGAAAGUGGAGGAUCUGCCUUUUGAUUAUGAGAUGCUUGGAAAUGAUGGUAGCACCUCCUUAUGGCUCCCCAUGGACCCCUGCAUCUCAGAGAGUGUGCCCAUGCGCCGGCGUCUUGCACAGCGCUUCACAAGCCGCAUCACCACCAUUGCCUUCCAAGCCAAUGCUUUGCUGAAACAGAUCAGCAUCAUUGGAGGCAACCAGACUGGCAUCUUCAUUCAUCAGGUUAAACCUGGCUCUGCUGCUGAUGAGAUGUCCUUGUCGCCAGGCCAGCAGAUCAUACUGGUGGAUUAUGGAGUCAUCGAGCCAGGAUUCAAAGCUGUCCUGGAGGAUGCAACACUUGAGGAAGCCCUUGCGAUCCUGGAGAGGGUAAAUGGCUUCUGCUGCCUGUCUGUGAGGCCCAACAUGGAGGGUUACAAGAAGCUGCUGAGUGACCUCCACUCCAAACUGGUGAUGUCUGGUGACUCUUUCUACAUUCGGUCCAACCUGUGCCUUGAGAAACAGGCAGCUGGGGAGCUUCUGGUGGGGUGCAAUGACAUUCUGCACAUCACUGACACCAUGUGCCAGGGCCAAGCCCAGUGGAGUGCCUGUCAGGUGAACCCCUACACCAUGAAGGACAUGGAUGCUGGAACCAUCCCCAACUACUGCCAGGCACAGCAGCAGCUCAUCACCUUGAUCCAGGAGCUGGCCCAGAAGAGCACGGUUUCUCGCAAGAAUUCUGGGGUACAACCUAAGAUGGUGCGAAUUGUGAGCACUGAUAACAACAAGAUCAACCCACUGUGGGCAUCCAUGGACUGCACUUUGUCAGACUCCAACAAGCCAAAUGUGAGCCCCAGAAGCAGCCUUCACACCAGGCGCUGUGUCAGUCUGAUGCCAUACACUUUGGUCAGGCCUUGCAGACCUGGCCGGCCACGUCCAGUCCUCAUGGUACCUGCACUGGUGGGGAGGAUCCUAGCUGACAAGCUAUGCCUGUCCAAGGGCUUUGAGAAAUGUCCAGCAGAGCCACAAAGUGAACUGCAGAGCAGAGAUCCCUUGCCUGAAACAAGGGAGUUGAAUAGCAGCCGUUGUGUCCCUCGUCAGGCUCUAGAAGAGCUAAUGCAAAAGGAAGUGCAUGGCUGGCUGGACCUUGGCCUGGAGAGCGUGCAGGAACUUCUGGCUAUGGAGAUCUAUCCCAUUAUUAUCCUGGUCACCAUCAGUGAGAAGAAUGGCAAGAAGUUCAGGAAAGCCCUGCAACGCCUUGGCACAACAGAGGAACAACUUUUGGACAGUGCUCGGAAAGAGGAGGUUCAGCUGGAGACCAUGGCCUGCCUGCAUGGCACCAUCACCCCAGAUGCCUGGAGUGACCUUGAAGCUCUCAGCAGCUGUGUCCGCUUGGCUGUUGCUGACGAGCAGAAGAAAGUGGUGUGGGUGGAACAAAUGCCUCAUUGA